AUCUAAAUCAGGUACAAUAUAGACAAGAUAGCCGAAUUCAGUUCCCUCAGUCCAUAGUCGACAUAUCGUCAAUCCUUAAACCACCUAUGUUAGACAAUUACCAUUGCCAAUUUGACCGCACGUGUGUUCUUGUCCAAAUAUCCCCCCCCGUAUAGCGUCUCGAUCUUAUAUCUCGCUUCAAGUUGUAUCUAACUAUAUCGUUUCGAAGACAUUACUACUACCUGGCACAAUGUCGGGUUCUGGCUCAGGUUCUGGCUCAGGCUCAGGCUCAGGUUGGAAUCCAUUUCGACCCAACCAACCACCCCAAGAAAAAGAUCCAUUUCACGAUCCAUUUCCAGUCCCCUUUCCAGCUCCGCAUCGAUAUACGUAUCCAUCUUCCGUCCCAUAUCAAGACGGUGAUCCAAUUUCAGGUGGAAUCCCAGAUCCACCUCUAUUUCCACCAGCUCAGAUUCCACCUCCGCACUUUAUACCUCCAACACAUCGACCACCCUUGUCUCAAAGCCUACCACCUCAGACAAGACCUCAUUUCUAUCAUGUGGACGUACUUCGACCUUCCUACAUACGAGAAGACCCCACGAGACCUAUAACGCCAUUAGCAAGAAAGCACGGCAUCUCAGACGCUCCCUUUCACAGUCUAUAUACAUCUGACGGCCUAUCCCACUCCGGCUUGCGUCAAGAGUUUCCUAGUACACUACCCCCGGGGAAAACGGAUCCCAUACCAAAACCAGAGCCUGAGGAAUUAAACAGACUUUUCAGGACAGAGAGGGAACAAGUCCAAUGGGCCAAUCCCGACGUCAAGACCUGGAGAAUAGAAGCCCUUUAUGAUGGACUCGUUUGCGGAUGGCCAUCCGCAGAAGACCGUUGGAGGAGCAACUGGGAUCAAUGGGAAGCCUUUAGGGUUAAUCUGAGCAUCGUGGACGAGAGCCAGUGGUUUUCGUGCUUUCGGAAAGACUGCUGGUUUGAUUCAAGACAUAAUGCUUUAAAUGCAUUAAGUGAACCUGUUCCAGGCCUCAAUAUGUGGCCUGAUGAAACGUGGUACACUGUUGACAACCCUAUCAUUUGGCAAUAUACCAGUCAGGCUAUAGAAAUCUUCAGCCGUGUUAUAGGGCAGUUAUGCGAAGAACAGAAUGAAUGGCUCGAUGCUCUAUUAUUCUCAAGGCCAAUACCUAUAGGAGAUAAUCCCAAUUAUGAUUUCCCCCCGCAGUAUAGGCCUUACAAAAUGAAGCUUAUUACCCGUCCAAGGGAACAGAGGGCGUCCGGUGCUCAACUGUACCAAGCAAUCGAAAAUCUGACAAAGGGCAAUAUAGUCAGUACCUUCUGCGACGAGACAACUAUUGUUGUGCCAGCCCAGGCUGCCACAACAAGAUUCAACAAUCCUGCAAUGGGAAGAGCAACCAUUAUGUUCAACGUCCGUUAUGCCUUACGAACCCUACUUGAAAUGGAGACAUCGGUCCCCGAAAGAUGCAUGCAAUUGCUCAACUUUUCUAGUCUUUUCCUGCACGAGUUUGCGCACGCGAUAUGGAUGUGUCGAUUUGCCACAGAUACUCCUGAUGAUGAACCGUUCUUUGGAGAAGAAUGGAUCGCAGAGCUGGGCCACUCAUUCACCAGACAAAUUUGGGGCGGUACGAUACAGCCUAGCCCAACGACGCUAUAUAUACGCGGGAGACAUAGGGGCUUCACAACCUACUUCAAACUUAUAUACUUCCCUAAUCUUAACUUUGUUGCGCGUGAAAGGGAUUAUGAUAGAAAUACUUACGAAAAAUUCAGGAGAGGCGAACAUUAUAGUUAUAAUUUCUUGAUACCCGCCGUAUGGGCCUCAGCUAUCCUAUGUGAAGAAUUCUGGACCAAGAUCAUACCUCAGCGCGGUAGUGUUGCGCUUCGGGCGCCUCUGCUUUUCGGAAUGGGAACUUUCAAUGGUGCAACAUACGAGUCCCGCAGAAUAGCAAACCCGGAAUUUUGGACUCCCGAGUUAAGAGGAUAUUACGAGUUGGCUUUGACGCGAUGGGUAGACGCAGGAGCGCGUAUGAGACUCGUAAGACAUGGCUGGUACGAUGAAGAGUAUAAGACAUGGAAAAGUUUACCCUGGAGUAAUUCGUGGCUCCUCAACAUAAUUGAACAGUUCACUUACCACCACACAAACCGGAAUCUGGCUAGUUGUCGAGACUCAGUAGCAAAACUCCUACACAGCGCGAGGCCGCAGGAUGGGUGCCAGCCAUCCACCUCCAUGGGUAUCACCUAUUUAAUAGCGUUGAUCAUGUUAUUAUCUCUUCCUAGAGAACCUGCGGGAGAUCUAUUAAGACCAAAGCUUCCGAGUCAAGCCUUUUACUACCCAAGUCGUGCAGCGAAACCUGGGUUCGAUGCUCGAUCUUCUGAAGAUUGUGUCGGACCUUAUAAUGUCUUGACUGAUAUCGCACCAGAUGUUGUUGAAGGAUUUCAAGAAUUUACAAGUUUUCCCAGUCACAUAAAGCAUAUUAGUGAUACUCUUUCGUACGUUGAGUACGAGUAUGGAGCCCCACUAGGGUGGAUAGUUAUGAUUAUCGACUGUUUUACUCAACUGCACGUGCAACGAGAAUCGAACCCAAGUUCUGAUAGCUGGGGAGGCUUCUCUUUCAAGAUACCUCCGUACGACCCGGGGUGGGUUGUGGCAAGAGAAAGUAAACAAUCAUUAUCCAGACCGGUAAGGCUUCGAUAUAAGGCCAUUGUGCCUUGGAUUCUCGCACCACUUCCUCUGCCACAAUAUUCCCCACCGCCUAGUCCAUAUACAUUACCGAAACGAUCUGGAGGAGCGAAUUUUAGGCGCUUCCCUGGCCACGCAGCCCAGAAUACACCUAUGAGGAGGGAAUACCCUCAACACUUGUAUAUCGGUGAUGUGGCAAAUCAUAGGGCCCUCAAUGAUGCCUGGGUGGUUGAAUCAAACGGAGACGACGGGUUCGACGUAUUCGAUAUCACGAGUGAAUUAAGAAGUGUGAAUGCUACGGAAACCGAUUAUGGCGCCAUGGUAGUGAUUGGACCUCAAGGUUCGACAUUGAAUCGAGAUGCAAGAGCAGAAUUUGUUCGUGCAAAAUUCAACACCAGUAUCCAACCAAUUGGCAAGUUGAUGCUACGAAGGCGUAUAGAAGAGGUCGCAGAGUGUGAUGGUCAGAAUGGGCGAUCUGCUUGGACCAGCUGGGGCCCACUCAUCUUCGACAUAACCAAUUUCCCUGCUCGGUCUAUCGAAGAACAAGAGGCGUUAACCGAGAGUUAUGGUGGCCCGUUGUCCAAAGAUCUGACAAGAUCGGAACACGAAACAAAUCAACUACUGGAGCGUCUAGUCCCCUAUACCUGCGCGUAUCUCCACGUACCACAGCCAGUACGGAAUAUGAGGUAUUUUACACCAGAAACGCUACGGUGGUAUGACAACCCCUCUCAUGGGGUCUAUAUUGCACUAGGAAAUGUGGUCUACGAUAUUUCGGACUACCUACGUUUUCACCCCGGAGGUUCCCAGUUGCUCAUCCACUGCACGGGACUCGACGCUACUCAACAGUUUCUGCAGUAUCACAAACCUGAGAUGAUGAAUUCUUACCAAUUUAUGCAAGUCGGCUACCUCGUCCCAGAGCGUACUUGGGAACAUUUGCAAGAUAACCACGUCGUUGUCCAUGAUUGGGUGUUUAAUAUAAGCUCGCUCCAACAAGAGGACCCAAGUCUCUUCAAUUCUCUCCGUAAAUUCAUCCGCCGGGAUACUACGGUCGCCGUAACCGGUCACGAUAGCGACGCGGCAGCAUUAAUUAAAUUAUUUAACGAUAAACAGCACCUCAUCGUUGCUGGUUUAGCGACGAAAGAACUAUUGGAUAUACCGGCGUGGGAGUUCCUUAAACACAACAACUAUAAAAGUGCGCAGGGCGCGUGGGUCGCCGUCGAAGGCUACAUUUACAAUGUUGGGGAUCUCAUGAAGUACCCCGACUACUACAAUCGGAAACUAGGAUUUAAUUGGGCUGGGAAAGAGUUGAGUAAUCCUGAUUUAGCCCAAUGGUUGAUGACAAACUACAGGACUCGGUGUAUAGGUAGACUCGUUGAGGGACCCAUCUUGCCAGAACCAGAGAUAAACCCGAAUUUGAGCCUGGAAGGUCCAAUACACCCUAGAGGAACGGAAGAUCUGAUUGUAGAAAGAAGAAAGGGUGUAUAUGAGUAAAGGUGUCUAGGAAUUUAAAGAUAGAAUUCAAUUUAUAGAUAUCUAGCAAAUUAGCUUUACAUUGAAAUAAUUAUAAGAGCCUCUAUAUCA